UCUAUGAUUCUAAGACCCCAGACUAUACAAUAAAAGCUCAGCUGGUCCUUCAUUCAGGGUUCCUCCUUUGAGGCUCUGAGGUCCCUCACUGAUAAGGCCAGAUCCUGUUUCACAACCCCCCUUCUAGUUCAGUGUAACUCUCUGGGCAAAUAAGCGUUUCUGACUCGAGAUGUCAGCAUCAGGAGUGCACAAACGCGCAGAAGUGAACCUUUUUGCCGGCACACAGCACGGCGUAUGUUCGAGCUCUGCGGCUCUAGGGAAUGAUGUGCGCCCAGGGCCGCCGGAGGGGCAGCGAGACGCCACCACAAGAUGGCGGCCGCCGACGCCUGCGGGCGGCCGCUUGAGGAGGUGCCGGGGCAGAGCCGGCAGCUCACUAUGGUGCGGCGGGGCCGCGGCGGGGAUACCGACUCGGACAGCGACGAGACCGUCGUGGAGGGCUCUGUGACGGAGAGUGAUAUGGAGGAAGAGGAGUUCUGUAGGAGGAGGUUGGCCUUUCCUAAUGUGGACAUAGCUUUAACCACUGAGAUAAGUAUUUCUAAAGGAGAUCAUUCUCCAGAAAUCUGUUUUAUACAGAAAUUUGAUGACCACAAAUACUGUCAGAAGGAAGACAAGAUAAAUACAAUACUUCAAGAGGCAUACACAUGUGACCAGUCUCAGUCUCUGCUGCAGAAUUGGAUAAAGUGUUCAUCACCUACUGAAAGUAUUUCUAACUCUGGUUUUUCACUAAAUGCUGCAGUAGAAGAACAGCAACUUAAUUCUGUAGAUAUCAAAUUGAAUGGAUUUCAAAAGGAUUCAGAAGAAAAAAUUACACAAAAAUUAAGUAAUGAAGAUCUCUCUCCAGAAAUAAGCCUCUAUCUAGAUGGCCCUGUGGAAGACAUAACAGUUCUAAAUGAACAGACACCAGAAGAUACAUUUCAACAUGUUUUAGAUGAUUGCCACAUCUGUGACAAUCAUCUUGUGACCUGUGUGACCCCUGUUGACACUGAUAACGUAGUAGAGGAGCAUUCCCUUAACAAUAAUACAAACCUUUCUCUCGCAUCCCCAAGGAAGAUUUUCAUGGAUGUAUUCACUGAACAGACUAUAAGGACUGGUGGAUUUGAUGACAGUGCUGUGUUAAGAUCCCCUGGUGAUUCUGAGAGUCUUAAAGUGAUAAACCCAUUGCCUGACAUGUUAGAAUGUCAGGGUCAUGCAUUUUCCAUUGAUCCAUCAGCAGCUGAGAGCAGUGAUGCCCUGCCAGUAGAGCUUGUGAGGCCUCUGGAUGCCUUGUCAGGAUCUGUGGUACAACCUGUCACUUCUGUGGUGCCAGCUGAGAGACAGCUUAACACCGAGGGAGAGCAGCUGAGUUCAGAACCCAGUAUUCCCCAGUUAGAUGAUGACUGUACACAAAUAACAAACGUGAUGGACCCUCAACUUGCUAGAAGUCAGGUGGAAGGAAUAAAUGCCUUCAGAGGAUCUGACUCUCAGAGGACAACAAAUGAGCAACAGAGAGAGAAAGAAGUAAUUUCAGAUUACUGGGAUGCCACCUCUAGUAAAAAGCAAACUGGUGAGGGACAUUCACAUUCAGUGGAGCUUACAGCAUGUGCAGAAACAGCCCCAGCAAAAUCAAGUAAAAUUCAGAAGUCUACUUCUAAAGACAAGCAGAAUCUAGAAACCAGAAUGUGGCAAGAAAUAAUUCUGAAUGAGUUUACAGAAGCUAGUCAGAGGAAGAGCAAGAGAAUUGACAACAAACGGAAACGAGAAGCCUUUGGUAAGGGUCUGACUCGCCCUCUUACACUUUCAACAAUCCACAGGAGAAAUAUGUAUGGUGAGAAUUUACUGCAUAGAGCUGUUACUCAUCAAGAUGUAGACCUUGUAUGUAAGAUAAUAAAAGCUGGUGGAAAUGUAAAUGCAAAGGAUUAUGCUGGCUUGACUGCACUACAUAUAGCAAGUGUGGAAGGCUUUUAUGGCAUAGCAAAUCUGCUUUUGAAAGCAGGUGCUGAUGUUAAUGCUACACGAAAGGAACAGGUAACACCGUUGCAAGAUGCAGUUAAAGAAGGCCAUUAUGAGAUAGUGAACUUACUACUUUGGUAUGGAGCUGAUCCCUUAUUAAAAAAUAACAUGGGAAGGUGUGCAUUAGAAGAAGCUUCUGACCCAUCUAUGAGGAAACUUCUUACAACUUAUAUAGAAAAAUCCAGGGGAUAUUCAGUAUCAGGAACACCCAAUAUACCGUUAGAAUCUACCAGAAAAGAAGUUGUAAUUGUACCUGCUACCUGUAAUUCAAGAACUGAGGGAAAGAAGAAAAUCAAGAGAAAUGAAAAAGGGGAAACUCAGCUGCAUAUUGCUGCUAAGAGAGGAGAUUUAUCCUUGGUGAAGACUCUAAUAUCAUCUGGAAUUUGUGUCAAUGAACAGGAUCAUGCGGGUUGGACAGCAAUUCAUGAAGCUUCCAAUGGGGGAUUUACUGAUGUCAUCUUAGAAUUACUGAAGGCAGGUGCUGAUGUCAACAGCAGAAGUCUGGAUGGUGUUUUACCAAUACACGAUGCUGUUUCUGGCAAUUAUUUGGAGGCAGUCAGGAUUCUACUUCAGCAUGGAGCGAAUCUCUUUGAGAGGAACAGAGAAGGGAAAAGUGCUGUGGAUCAAGCUUGUGAUGAAGAAAUGAAAGAACUUCUGAGGUCUUACGGUGCUGUGGACUCUGUACUUCCUGUUCCGGCUAUUGAAGAGAGGAGGUCACAACAUCAUUGCUUCGACGACUGUAAAAAUGAUGAUGCAGCUUCGGAGCCACAACAUGAGAAAUACAGUGUGGAGUCUAUUGCUGCCAUACAAGAUACAGAAAAGAAGCAGAAAGAACUGUUGCUAUAUGAACUGAGAACUUCCAAAGAUGCAGAUGUAUAUAUACAAAGGCUGUCUCAGAUACAAGAUGCUUUGAAUGAAAUGCUUGCAAACCAGAAAACAGAGAGGGAUGCCCUUGCUAAAAAAUACAGGACUUCAGUGGAAUCUUUCAAAAAAGGAGCACUGAGGAAACAAUUAGUUAACCUUGCUUCUAGGCAAAAGAGUCUGUUGACUCUUGCCCAAAACCAGGAAAAAUUAAUGCAGAAAAUACAAAAUUACAGGAAAAAAAAGGAAAUGUUUAGUUCAUCAUCUUCAGAGAAGCAAAGCUCAAACUUAGUUAUUUUCCAUGGAAAUGAUGUAAGACGAAGUUUAACUGCUGAUGAAAUGAUGUGUCCUAAUGUAGUUACAUUUAGUAUGGGCCUUGGUACCAGCAUGCCUUAUGGAAACAGUGUAGGAGCACAUACCUCUUUAGAAAAUAGAUUUUCAGCUCAGGAAUGCAGCCAGCAUCCACACAUCUGCUUGGAUGAGACAGCAGCAAAUAAAGAAACAAUUAGAAGCAAAGAGGCUUCUGAUCAUGCUUUGGCAUCUGAAAACAGCAUAAGAGAAUAUCACUUUGACAACAUGUCAAAGCUGACAGACACUGCAGAAGUGGUGACAUUGCCUUCAGAAUCUACUGUUUCCGCUGCUAAAACAAAGUGCUCACAGCAAAAAGACAUUGAUCGUGUAGCAUUUGCAGAACAAGGAAACAAGUCUUUAAAUCCCACUUCAGUGACCGACACAUUAAAUAUUGUAAAACCCCAAAGCACUGUUGUGAAUAAGAAUGCCUGUCAGCCAGCCAGUGACUGCCAGCAGGUUAUUACUCAUGGGAAUCUACAUAGAUAUGUAAACAAGAAAGAAGCUUCUCAGCAGCAGCAGCAGCAAGUAAAUUUUUUAGCACCUAUGAAGAACUUCCCUAAUACUUCGCAGCAAAUGGUCUUUUGGAGUAGUGAGAAUUCAUUUAAUACCAACUUGGUGCUUACAAAUCUUACCUCAAAUACAUAUUCUCUAGUAAAUGUCAGUGAGAAAUCUUCACAGAGCUGUAGUAACCAAAAGUGGGAACAAAAACAAGUGAGGUAUAGACGGAAAAGUAAGAGAAAGCUUCAGUUGAUAGAUCUACUUGAAUUGGGAAGGAUUAAGCCAGGAAAAAAUGUUUUAGAAUUCAAACUGCAGGAAUUUAGUCAUAAAGCUACAAUCUUAAAGAAUGGCAAGAUCAGAACCAGUAAAGGACAAAUUCUACAGAAUCCAGUUCAAUGGGUUAAAGACCUACUAGGAAGUGAUAUUUCUGUGACAUGGAAGUAUGUGUGGAAUAAGGUUACAUAUCUUGGGACAGAAUUGUCAAAAUUUAUUGUUGAUGAAGUGUCAGUUUCCAGUGAUCUGGAGUUACCAACACAGAAAGGAGAGCCUUUGGGCUCUUCUGUCCAGUUUAACUCAGUGGAAAGUCUGACUCAUUUUCUUCAAUUCUGUGAGAUAGUAACAGUAUGUAAAGAGGACUUUCUACCAUGCUCUGUAAUGGAAAAGCAUUGGAAUUUCUACAAAAGCUGUGAAGAUUUUGGAUUCUAAAGACUUCUUGAAUGCUAUCAUUUUUUUUCUUCAUCAUCACUUGGACGUAAAUACUUGGGCUUUUAGAACUAAGUGCUUUGUUACUGUCGUUUUGAUAAAUUAUUUGGCCAGCCCUUGGAAUGAAUGGAAAGAUUGAUUGAUUAAAUGAGUAACAGGGGAAUACUUAGUAGCAGGUAAGGUUAACUGUCAAUAUUUAGUUUUGUGCUGCAAAAUUAAGAAAUGGGAAAGUAGAUGAGGGCUGUUAUACAUUGGUACUUGUUGUGAAUUGCAUUCCAGGUUGAUAACUUUGUAUGGAAUUCAAGUUCUAAUUUAAGAUUUAUGCGUGAUGGGGCAGCACAGAACCUGACAUAUCAACACAAAUAGUUACUUCUCCACCUAAGUCUGGAACUGCUCUGGCUGAGCAUGUGCUGUCAGAAAUGGCAGCACAUGUUUGUGCAAUAAUAUAAACUGUUAGGUUAGGCAAAAAAUCAAGAUGGGCAGCUUUGAAAAUCACCAGCAGUUUUGCUUUGUGUGGCAUGGAUAUAACGUUUGAGAAGAGGGGCAGGUAUUGAGAAAGGUUAAAAGAGGAAUUUUGGCCACUGGAAGUGCCUAGGGAAACUCCAUUCAUGUUCCAGACAAGUCUUUCUGAUGGUCAGAAAACAUGCUGGUGUAUGGCAGGAAAUGCAGUUAGCCUGUUUGCAGAACACAAAUUUUUCUAUCGAAUAGCAUCUUAGAUAUGCAUCCCAACCUCUGCAAGGUUUCUAUUUGUUUUAAUUUCACAAUGUGUGAAUCUGUCUUA